AUGUCUGACGUCCAAAAAGGGCAAGGUCACGUUUGCGAAUUGCUAAGGUCAUUGGACGAUUGGGAAAAAAUCGCCAAUUGGUGGGAAUGGAAGCAAUUAAGGUCCCGAUGGUCAAAUAUCGAUAAACGCACACCAAAAUGUAUGCAAUAUAUGGACAAUACGUCGGCAGUAAACGUUGAAAGAAAAAAAUACGAUCGUCUGAAAUAUCGUUGGAUCAUACAUCCAUUUAGUUAUAUCAAAUUUUUAUGGGAAACUUUAAUGAUAGUCAUUUAUGGAAUAGCCUUUUUUACAAUACCUUUUAUGAUAUCAUUUGUCAUUAUGGACUAUGAGGUACUACGUUUGGACAAAGUUAAUAUAUUUAUUUAUACGAUAUGCUGGUUGGACAUAAUUGUCACUUGCAUCACCGGUUAUUAUGAUAAGAAAAAUAUGCGCGUAGAAUUGAGACCAUUGAAAAUAAUCAAAAAAUAUUCAAAGGGAUAUCUUCUGGUAGAUAUACUUUCUUCCUUGCCGUACGAUCACAUCACUUUAUCUUGGCGAAAACUGCCAGGGAAUGAUUCCUUUCACGCGAUCACAUUGAUAAAUAUCUUACCCUUGUUAAAACUGACACGUUAUCCAACUCUAAACGAUUAUAUUUAUCAAUAUUUCCUGAUGGAACACUCUUAUUACCAAUUGAUAUCUACACUUAUGUUAGGAUUUUACUUGAUUAUAUGGUUCUCUUGCCUGUGUUAUCUCUUGCCGAUAUUGACGUUACAUUUUUACAACAUUCCAUUAACGCAUGCUCUCUUUAUAGUAUUGGAAAAUCUUUUAGCGAGCGGCUACGGUGUCUUCCCUCCGAAAGCCGAUAUUCACGUCAUAUUAAAUACCGUACUGAUGAUAUUGGGUAGAUUCGUCGAGUGUUACAUCAUAAUUAUGUUUCUACACAUAAUGGAAAAUAGCAAAGCAGCGGAAAAUAAAUAUAAUGAGAUAAUUAAUCAGAUAGGAGCAUAUGCGAGACAAAAACAAUUGUCGUUGCAAAUGAAAAAUCGGAUUUUGGAGUACUACAAUCAUCGCUUUAAGAAUAGUUUUUUUCACGAAAAAAAUAUUCUAAACAAUCUUUCAGAACGAUUACGAGAUGAAAUCGCUAUGCAUUCUUGUCGACAGUUGGUCGAAAAUGUGAAACUCUUUAAAAAUAUACCUCAGGACGUUUUAAAGUCUAUCGUUAAAAGUUUGAAAUUUGAAUUGUACUUGCAAAAUGACAUUAUCAUAAGGGCCGGCACACUGGGGAAUUGUAUGUUUUUUUUGUCCACUGGAACUAUCGCCAUUUUGACGGCAACUGGACAAGAGAUAUGCCGUCUGAAUGAUGGCGCUCAUUUUGGAGAAAUAGCACUUUUAGCGCCUGAUCAGAAACGAGUCGCGUCUGUGAUUGCUGUAGAAGUUUGCGAAGUUUAUCGUCUUGAUAGGAAGGACUUUCGAAAAUGCAUUGCCGUUUACUCUGAAUUAUUUUCCAUGAUCGAACGUAUAGCUAUUGAAAGAAUAGAGAAGACUAUGUUAACAGAGGAACAUCAUAAAAGAUUUAUAAUGCAUUCAAGCUUUAUGCACGAUGGAGCAAGAAAGAAGGCAAGAAGAAAAUCGAAGAAACAAUGA